UUUUCGUUUCAUUUGUCGCCGUCAGGGACUGGUUGAGCGAGUGUUUUUGGUUAGUGCUGUUUUGGUUUACGUAGGCGUUGGGUUGAGUGCGAGGCCGAAAGUCUGAAAUAAAGGAAUUAAAGAAUUUCUCUUGCUCCUGGAUGUGAUCAUCAAGCUGAACACUGAAGAUUUUUCCGACAGGAGCAGUUGCCAACAACUCCUUUAAUCUACAUUGAAGAAUUAAAGGCGAGGCCGGUGAUGCGAGAGGAUAAGAUUUGUUGUCUUUGUUUGCUGUCAGUGACCAAACCCUGAUGUGAAAGCUGGAAAAUGUCACUGUGCCGGGGUUCAGUUAAACACGGAGAGCCUCACGCAGAGCGGAACCAAAAGGAAUUGCAUCCAGUUCUCCGUGUAUUUCUCUAUUGGUCCAAGGAAGGAGAAGCAUUCCUUGAGUACAAAGAAGAAAAUGUUACUGCAGAGAAUAUUUGCAUUGAAGCAGCAAAGCGUGUUGGUAUUUCACCCCUUUGCCACAGUCUAUUCGCACUGUAUAAUCCAGAAGAAAAAUGCUGGUUCAGCCCUAGCCAUGUAUUUAUGUUGGAGAAGAAGUUCAACCUUACAGUGUAUUACCGAAUGAGAUUUUAUUUUCGCAACUGGCAUGGAGGGAGCGAGAAAGAAGCAUCGGUGUACAGAUAUGCACCUAAACAAUAUGAUUCUAGUGGAAAUAAACUAAAGUUGGAUCAGGGAAGUUCACUUUUGGAUCAGCCAUCCUUGGAGUAUUUAUUUGCACAGGGAAGGAGUGACUUUACUGAUGAUGCAGUAUCAAUCAAAGACUUUCAGAAUGAGCAAGAAGUAAACAAGUUUAAAAAUGAGAGUUUGGGAAUGGCAGUUUUGCACUUAUCUCACAUUGCUGUGCAGUCUGGACGCUCUUUAGAAGAAGUGGCAAAAGAAACAAGCUUUAUGCGCUGCAUCCCCAAAUCCUUCUGCAAACAGAUUCAACAAAACAACUACUUAACAAAACUGCGUAUUAGAACUGUCUUCAAAAAUUUUGUUAAAGGUUUCAAUAUGCACACUGUCAGCCUUGGAAAAUUAAGUGCUCAGGACAUUAUGUAUAAAUACCUGUCCACUUUGGAAACUUUAGUUCCCAACUUUGGUUUAGAGCUUUUCAAGGUUUUGGAUUUAGAUUUUCAGUCUGAAGGUGAGAGGGCUAAUUUUUAUAAUCAGAAUGGAGGUUUUGGGCAGUCAGAGUCAGAGUACAUUGCUGUGCAAAGUAAAGCUGCUACCUUUGAAGUACUUGUAUCUGGGACAGAAGGAAUAAAGUGGCGACGGUUAAAGCAUGAGCCUGUAGAAAAUGGCAGUGGAAGCAGGAUCUAUUUUGGAAGGAAUAAAAGAAGCAAACACAAAAGCAAGCUUCCUCAACAGCCACACACUAUUGACCAAAAAUGGUCCUUUUUCUGUGACUUUCCUGAAAUUACACAUAUUGUGAUAAAUCACUCUAGUGUGAGUGUAAGCCGUGCAGACAAUAAGUCAAUGGAGCUAGGUCUAAAAAAUUAUGAAGAAGCACUCUCAUUUGUAUCUCUGGUUGAUGGAUAUUUUCGGCUUACAGCAGACUUUCACCAUUAUCUGUGCCACGAGGUUGCUCCUCCUCGGAUAGUGCUAAGCAAUGAAAAUGGAAUUCACGGACCUAUUCAAGAGGAGUUUGCCAUUCAGAAACUGAAAAGAGAAGAAAAAGAGCCUGGUUUGUUUAUUAUUCGUUGGAGUGCCCGUGAUUUUCAUAGGAUAAUCCUGACUGUUUUAAACAAAUAUCCUGAGAACAAUGGCCAGCACCACAAACAGUUUCGAAUACAGCAAAAGGGAAGCAAGUUUGUACUUGAGGGCUGGGAGCGAGAAUUCAGCAGUGUAAAGGAGUUGACAGAAAACCUUAAGACCUGCGUCCUUAAAUCAGGAAGUGAAUGUUUUUUUGUUAAGAAGUGCUGCUUGCCAAAAUCUGGAGAAAUUUCUAAUUUAAUUGUGGCAAGACAAUCUCCAGACAGCAGUGUACGACCAAUACCAAAUGAACUGAAUUUAAGCCAGCUGAGUUUUCACCGUAUUCACAAAGAGGAGGUUUUGCAGGUUGUACAUUUAGGUCGCGGUACAAGGACCAAUAUAUAUGAAGGUAUAAUGCGUGUAAAAAAUACAGCAAGAGGGGAUGAUGAUUACAGUGAGUGGAACAACAACAAUACUGAAGAAAUCAGAGUAGUGCUGAAGAUCCUAGACCAAACUCAAAAGGGCAUAGCUCUGGCAUUUUUUGAAACUGCAAGUUUGAUGAGUCAGGUGUCUCACAUUCAUUUGGUGUUUGUUCAUGGAGUCUGUGUCAAGGGAUCUGAAAAUAUCAUGGUGGAAGAGUUUGUAGAAUUUGGACCUUUAGAUGUUUUCUUAAGAAAAGAAAAAGAACAUGUGACUCCACAAUGGAAGUUUACUGUGGCAAAACAACUGGCUAGUGCACUGACUUACCUGGAAAACAAGAAACUAGUUCAUGGCAAUGUCUGUGCUAGAAACAUUCUUGUUGCAAGAAAAGGACUUGAUGAGAAUAGCUCUCCAUUUAUUAAAUUAAGUGAUCCUGGCAUAGGAUUUACAGCACUUUCCAGAGAAGAAUGUAUUGAAAGAAUUCCCUGGAUUGCACCUGAAUGUAUUCAAAACUUCAAAAAUUUGAGUAUUGCUGCUGAUAAAUGGAGUUUCGGUAUAACACUGCUGGAAAUUUGCUACAAUGGAGAUCUUCCAAUGAAUGAGAGUACACUGGCUGAGAAAGAACGGUUUUAUGAGAAAAAAUCUCAUCUGCCUGAACCAUCUUCAAAAGAGUUGGCCAGCUUCAUCAGCAAGUGUCUGAACUAUGACCCCACAGAGCGACCUUCUUUCAGAACCAUCCUUCGAGAGCUUACAGAGUUGCAACAGAAAAACCCAGAUAUUUCUUCAAAAUGUAGUGUCCAGCCCGAUGCUGACCCAUCUGUGUUCCUUAAGCGAUAUCUUAAAAAGAUGAGAGACCUUGGUGAGGGACAUUUUGGAAAAGUGUCACUCUAUGUUUAUGACCCCAACAAUGAUGGCACUGGUGAACAAGUAGCAGUGAAGUCUCUGAAGCAAGAUAGUAGCAGUCAGCUUCAAGAGUGCUGGAAACGGGAAAUUGAAAUUCUAAGAGCACUUUACCACAAAAAUAUUGUAAAGUACAAAGGCUGUUGUAGUGAAUUUGGGGGGCAGAUGGUUCAGCUAAUCAUGGAGUUUCUUCCCCUUGGGAGCCUUCGUGAUUACUUACCUAAGCACCAUAUAGGUUUGAAACAGAUACUAUUGUUUGCAGAGCAGAUUUCUGAGGGUAUGGAAUAUCUUCAUUCAAAGCGUUACAUUCAUCGAGACCUUGCAGCAAGAAAUGUUCUUCUUGAAACAGAGAACACAGUGAAGAUUGGAGAUUUUGGACUGAGCAAAUACAUUCCUGAAAAUGCAGAGUAUUACAGAGUCAAUGAAGAGGGAGAUAGUCCUGUUUUCUGGUAUUCUAUAGAGAGCAUGAAAGAAAGCAAGUUCUCUUUUGCAACUGAUGUUUGGGCUUUUGCUGUUACAUUGUAUGAGCUCCUCACAUACUGUGAUCACCGGCUUAGUCCUCCAGUGAAAUACCUAGAGAUGAUUGGCAACACACAAGGCCAGUUAACAGUACUGCGACUCAUUGAACUACUGGAGAGUAAAAGACGUUUGCCUUAUCCUAAAGACUGCCCGCUCGAGGUCUGCACGCUAAUGGAAAAAUGCUGGGACAGUGAUCCUGCUCGCCGACCAAUGUUUAAUGAAAUCAUUGUAUCAAUUAAGGAAAUAACUGAGAAGUUUUAUCAGCCAGCAACUGUCAAAUUAAAUCUGAUCAGCCAGCCUUAAAGGUUUUGUUUUUCGUGUACUUAUCUUUCAGAGGAGGACAGUCUCCAGUUUCUCCUGUGCAAAGAAACAACAUAUCCUCUUCUUCUUCUUUUUCCUUUUGGACUCUUAAAUUUCAAACUUCCUUAAAGAACUUAAGGUGGAGAUCAUGUGAACAAUAUUAAUUACAUUUUUACAAUGCCUUGAAAAGCUGACUAAUUCACCUUUGUAAAGGUCUGGAAUCUUGCAGACUUUAGAUUGUUUUUUUAUACAAGUUACCAAAAUUGUGUUUAAAACGAAAAAAGACCAAGAGGUGAUAUUUUGUGCAGAAGAAAAAGGACAUUAAGAAUGCAGGCUUUUGCAUAAAGAACCUAUAAUUUAAAAUAAAAGGCUCAGAAUCUUUGCAGGUUUUUAAUAACAGGUUGAACUGUUGCUGACAACAAAGUAUGGGACUAUCAAAUAAAGAGAUAUCUGUGUAUGUGUAAUUGAAUAUGUUUAUAUAGUGCAAUCCUUUAUUAUGUUAUGAUGCGCUGCUUUUACAGAAAGUGAGAAUGCAACAAUCCUUAUUGGGUGCAGUUCACUCGGUCAUUUUGGCUGGUCAUAAUAACCAGCUGUUUUAUGAGAUACAUAAAGUAAUCACUGGAUGAUUAGAUCGUAAUUAAAUUGCUUGACAUUUUUACCAUAAGAGUAGAUUUAAAUAUAAGAAGGUAUUUGCUUUAUUUGCAUACAUUUAUGAAAAAUUAUUAUUUGUAAUAUAUUUACAAUUGUGCCUCUUAAAUAUAUCUUUACCAUUAAGAUGUGAUUGAAGAAUUUGUGCAGAACCUGACAAAUCCUAUAGAAAACUGUGAAAUUGUAAGUUUUUUUGUUAAUAUUUUGUAUUAUUGGCAAAAAAGUACUGUAUACAUAUAACUUAAACCUUAAAACAAAAUGUUUAUGUUGCCAAGAUUCAUUCUAGGUCAAAAACUGCCAAGCACAUUUGUUUUGGUGUAUAGAAGUCCUGUUCUGGUAUAGCAUUGUUUGAAAAAGUUUUGGAAGAAGCUUCGUCAGCAUACUUUAUGAAAUAUGCUUAAAGCAUAUAAAUAUUCAAAUAAAAAGUCAGCAUUAAUUUGUUUUAUUUUUAAAAGUGUGCCUCAGUUAGUAACAAAAGGGUGUAUUAUAUCAAGUGAAUAUGCAUGAUUUUUCAAGCAUAAUUUGAAACAUCCUAAGAAAUGCACUAAAGUAGCAUGAUAAGCACCCACAAAUGUUAUCUUUCUUACAAAGUCAAGGUUUAAUAAGCACGUUUUUAGUGUCAUGGGUUGGAAUAAGUAGUGGUUUACUGGGCUGUCAGAAAUCUUUUAAAACUGAGGCACAUAUUUAUUUAAAUAGAUUUGGUUAUGUAUUUAGGAUUCAGGAUUCCUACUGCAUAUUCUGUAGUCACUAAAACAGAAUAAAAUGACCUCCCCAUUAUCCUUUGUAUCCAUUAAAUACAUUUUUAAUAAGUAAAUUCAUAAAUAGCUAAACCUUUUUGAUAUUGUUUGCAAAAAAUAGGUAAAGUCCUAAACUGCUAACUAAUUACUAGGUUAAUAAAUAGUCAAAUAUUUUAUACUUUAAGGCUUGGUAGCUUUCAAGAAUUUGUUCAAAAUGUGCUAAAUUAUAUGUUAAUAAAUAGUCAAAUAUUUUAUACUUUAAGGCUUGGUAGCUUUCAAGAAUGUGUUCAAAAUGUGCUAAAUUAUGUAAUUAUUGCCUUUGCACAUAUAGUGUUACAUUUUUGUUAAAUAAAAAAAAAAUUGGACAUUUGACCACAGAUAAACUAUUGAUAUUUCAUGGCAAAAUAAGGUAGUGGUUUUUUCUGGCGUCCAAUUGAAAUUUAAAUUUGUAUUUUAAUAUUAUUUGAUUAUGCUAAUUUAUUGUCUAGAAUAUAUCCUGGACAUUUUCCUAUGCAACCAGAUGUUAAAAAUUGUUAAAAGUAAGCAGGAGGUGUACAUGAAAAAUCGCUAAAUUAAUGUAUUUGGUAUUCAAAACUUGUCAUGCUAUUGUUGAUUAGCAUGGCAAAAUCACUUAUCAGACCCAUUGGCAUUUGUACUAUUGAAAUUGGCUUUCUCCUGUCCAGUUUUUAUUUAAGUAUGUAAAGAUUUUCAGUUGACAUAUUUAGUUAUUAGUUUAUUGUUCUGAUGUAGAAAAUGGCUUAUAUUGCUCUUUUAAUGUCUCCUAGGAGAGACUAAUGCAAAUUGGUCUCCAGAAAAACAAUCCACUCUAAGAAAAACAGAAAGUUGUACUUUUGUUAUUUUAUUACAUAAUAAAUGUCACGUUGAGGCUUUUGACCAUUACCUUUUUGUGUGCCUGGACACAUAAUAAUGGAAAAAUUUGCAUUGCUACAUUAUUUUAUCCAACCAUCCAUUAUCCAACCCGCUAUAUCCUAACUACAGGGUCACGGGGGUCUGCUGGAGCCAAUCCCAGCCAACACAGGGCACAAGGCAGGAAACAAACCCCGGGCAGGGCGCCAGCCUACUGCAGGGCACACACAAACACACACACACCAAGCACAUACUAGGGACAAUUUAGAACAUUAUUUUAUUGCUUCCUCAAAAGUGUUAAUUACUGUUAUACUCAUAAAUGUUGUGUGUCACCAAAAUAUUCUUCACUUUAUCUUAAAUUUGCUUAUAAAGUUUUUUGCUGUUUUAUAAUUUGUUCACUUGAUACUUUUAUAUUGCCAGAUUUGCACUUUGAUAUAAUAUUUGUAUAUAUUUCAUGGUUUUUUCCUCAGUUAGUGGGCAAAGCUUUUUUUUUUUUUUUAUUUUAUCCAUGUGGUUCAUUUUGUUCAUGUAAGAAACCCUCUAAGAACUGAGUGUGAAGCGCUUACUUUCACCAAGUUCUAUAUUAAUGUAUCAGUUAUAUACCGCAACGGUUUGUGUGCACGAUAAACUUUAGUUUUUGUUACACAGUCACAUACAGGCAUCAUUAGACAUCUUACUUCAGUGAGGAUACAAGAGUGUUACUCUUGUAUUUUGAGGAUUUUUUUUUUUUAAUUAUGUUAACAUUUUUAAAGUGACUUGGAUUUGUUUAUUUUAUAGGGCAGUGUUACUGAAUUUUAAGUAAAGGGAUUAUAAUUAUUUCAGAUUUUUAUUCUUCGUACAGCUAAUUAAAGGCAUUCUGGAACCAUGUAGCUUUGAAUCUCAUAAAGUAGUACAUUACACUUGUGAAUGUUUUAAAUGUAUGUUCAAACAUAAUCACUGGGAGUUGUGAUCAUGAAUGUGAUUUGCUCAAUGUCCCCCAUCCCUCCAAACUAUCAGAUGUAAAUGUUUUGAAUAUACAUUGUAACACGCUUGUCCAGCUGCAGUAACUCUACUUAAAAACAUAUAUAGUACAUCAGUCUAUUAUUGAAUCUGUGUUGUUCCUACCUUCAUCCUUUUUAAUUUAUAUAAUUCUAAUUUUUUACAAGAUUUUCUAAUGUUAUUUUUCCUGUUAUGUUUCAUGUUAAAACAAUAAAAUCAAGAAAAGCUUCUGAAA